AUGUUAUGGGGAAUAAGGUGUAUCGUUUACCCAUCGGAUCAAUCACACUCCAAGAUCCCAUCGACAAAAAGAGAAAAAAAAAUCUCGGUGUCCAACAGCCAACGCAACUAUAAAAUCAACCGAAGUUCCCAAGCAAGUACCCAAGCAAAGAAAGCACAAAGAAGCUCCCAAACCCCAACGACGACGGCCAUGUCUCCCUCUCCCCUAGCCAUCCUCCUCCUCCUCGCCGUGGCCGCGCCGCUCGCCUAUGGGGCCUGCGAAGGCGAAGCCUCGCUGAAGGGCGUGGCGAAUGACGUCCUCUUGGAGUACGGGCUCCCCAAGGGCCUCCUCCCGGACUCCGUCGUCUCCUACACCUUCAUCAACGCCACCGGCGACUUCAAGAUCGAGCUCGCAAGCUCCUGCUACAUCUGGUUCGGCGACCACUACACGUACUUCGACAAGCACCUCAGCGGCACCAUCUCCCCGGGCACCAUCUACAACCUCUCCGGCAUCCAGGCCAAGAAGCUCUUCAUCUGGGUCUACAUCACCAGCAUGGUCGCGCGCCCGGAGAGGGGCAUGAUCGAGUUCCACGCCAACUUCAUCACCGAGGACGUGCCCAUGUCGCUUUUCCAGAAGGUGCCCGUCUGCAGCAACGGAGUCGGCGACCAGCUCCGCGGCGCCGCCGGGGUGAUGAACCUGCUCCCCGUCGCCGAGGUGUGACUUGUUUCAGAUAUAUCAGUUGCUUUUAAGCCUUGCUCGCCCUGGCGUAUAUUUACGUAUGUCUGGCCGGCUGGCCAAGACAUUAUUUGCACCUUUCUUCAUGGAACAUUUCUUAUUGGAGGCGAUCGAGAGACAGAUGAUGAUCAAUUAAGAAAGACGAGGUACCGUGCGAUUUAUUGUGGGAAUUACAUUUUUAAGUUCAAUAAAUAAAAUAUUUUGUAAGAACACGAUCGAGUUUGUUGUACUGUGUAUGCGUCAGCAAAAAGAAUGUGAGAUGCUCUUAUCCAUUUUCGAUGUUUCAUUUUCUCAA